AGCGCGUUCGGCCCUGAACGCUUCCGCAAGUAGCGCUGCGCCGCGCCGUGCUGGAGCUGACCACUGGCAUUCGGCCUGAGGAGACGCCGCCGCCGCGGAGCAGGUCCUACUCCGAGCUGGCCGCCGGGAGUUGGGCGGCGGAGCAAACAUGAAUGUUGGAGUUGCUCACAGUGAAGUGAAUCCAAAUACCCGUGUAAUGAACAGCCGGGGUAUGUGGCUGACAUAUGCAUUGGGAGUUGGCUUGCUUCAUAUCGUCUUACUCAGUAUUCCCUUCUUCAGUGUUCCUGUUGCUUGGACCUUAACAAAUGUUAUACAUAAUCUGGGGAUGUAUGUAUUUUUGCAUGCAGUAAAAGGAACACCUUUUGAAACUCCUGACCAGGGUAAAGCAAGGCUCCUAACUCAUUGGGAACAACUGGACUAUGGAGUACAAUUUACAUCUUCACGGAAGUUUUUCACAAUUUCUCCAAUAAUUCUGUAUUUUCUGGCAAGUUUCUAUACAAAGUAUGAUCCAACUCACUUCAUCCUAAACACAGCUUCUCUCCUGAGUGUGCUAAUUCCCAAAAUGCCACAGCUACAUGGUGUUCGGAUCUUUGGAAUUAAUAAGUAUUGAAAUGUUUUGAAACUGAACAAAAUUUUUACACGUACUGAGUUUUCUGUAAGGAAGGAGUGGUUAGUAAGCUGCACUGUUUCUGUGAUAGCGUAAAAUGAAGGGUAUUUACAUUGGAGGACCAACUGCUGGGUCUUCGUAUGCAGUUCUGAAGUGCAGAUUUUUACUAGAAGAUGCCUUUGUUUAAUGCAUCUGGUAUCUUUCUAAAGGGAGGUUUUAUAGGCAGGCUGGGCAGGCCCAGCUUACAAGUUAAAUGGCUAUAGAGUGAAGGUGUAGUAGAAAAAUCCAAGGAAAUAAGAGAUUUAUAAGAAACUAAGUCCAGCUUAGCUUACAAUGAAUGGGCAUUAUGUUAGGAGAAGAAAAUUUCCAAUCAUUCAGUUACAGUCAGUUUAAGCAGACUUACAUGUAAACUGGAAUCAUCUCUUUAAAGUUUAUUAUAGAUUGUUUUUAUUAUCAUACAUAUUCUUUUGUAUUAUAUAAGAGGAUAUAUACACUCUUGUUUUAUACAAACCAAUUCCUACCUUAUAAGUGUACUUGUUUGGUUUGUGAGCUCAACGUUGUUGAUGAGUUCAUUUUUACAUUUAUUAAGUUACUGUGUUCAUGAAGGUCCUCCUUCAUGACUGAUGAUAGAAGGUAGUCAGGCAUCUUAGAAGCAGCCUUUCAGUAAGCCUUCUAAUUUUGGAACAAAGUGGGUUUUGCUGCCUUUCAAGGCCCAAGGCUGCUAAACCAAUUAAGAAAAUAAUUUAUUUCUCAUAGUUAAAAUAUAUGGUCAUUUAAGGGUCUCUACUUAUUUGGUUGAGCAAUCCAAUUGUUGAAGUCUGCCAUUCUUCAGAAAAGGAAAUAUAAAAUGGACAACUCCAUAACCAACCUGUGGUCUGGCAGAAACUGCUUCUCUAGUAAUAAUAUCAGAGUAAAUAAUGAGUCUUUUUCAAUGGAUCUACAGUAAAAGAUAACAUCAUCUUUCUUGGUCCUCCUGCUCUCAGUCCCCAUAUUUUGCCCAUUAAUAUUUUUCCUGUCAGUAUAUGAGUCUUAAUGUAGAUAACCCAAAACGGUAACUUGUUCCAAAGCAGCACCUAUAUUGAAUUGUGACUUAGAGAAGCCUCCUAUAGUUGCUGACGUUAAUUGCAAGAAGUAAUUAUAUACUACUUUGAGAAGUAAACAUGUCAAAAAAAAAAAGUUCUGAUAAGGGAUGAAACUGAAAAACUCCAGUAACAUUUGUAAGCAAAACUGAGUGAAAAAAAAUUGUAAAACCAAUUUAAAACUCAGUUUGCUUCAAGCUGACUUUUCAAGGUAAUGAUCAUUGUUUUGUAUUUCAAAAGUAUAGAGUUUAGAAAUCAGUUGUAUGAUAAUGCUUUUGUAUGUUUGUCUUUUCUCAUGUAUUUUUAAAUAACCAGUAAUCUAUACUUUAAUAAAAUUUUUCUUUGGUGUAAGAUUAUUGCAGAAGCUCUCCAAAUUCAGUCAUUAAAGUUACUCUUAAAUUUCUCAAGUUUUUUUUUAAGCAACUGAAUUUAUAAAAUUAAGAUGGCUAAAAAAUCCUUUGUUUUUCUUUAUUUUAAAGUUUGUCUCAAAAGGCUUAACAUUUUUGGUACAAUCUUCAGAGAUAGAAAUCUGCCUCUAAUACAGGCCUUCAUCUGUUUUUGCCCUUCAAUGUUUUAAAAAUAUUUAUUUAAUAGAUAUUUGAGGGCCCACUCUGUUGUAGGAAUUGUUUUAGGUAUUGUGGAUAUAGUUUGUAAGCAAGACAAAGUCCUUUGCCUUAUGUGUGUACAUUCAAGUUGAAUAACAGAUAAUAAAUGAGUAAAUAAGUGCGUAUUAUUUCAUGUAGUGAUAAAUGCCAUGGGGGGAAAAAUUAAGCAGGUGAAAGCAGGGCAGCCUGCCUCAGAAAGGUCUUCCCCAAAGAUCCUAACUAAGGUGACUUUUGGACACAGACCUUCCUGAUGUAAAGGAGCAAGCAGUACAAAGAUCUGAGGAAAAAGACUUUCCAAUACAGGUGAUGACAAAUAUUAAGGAUCUGGGACAGGGAUGAGGUUGGUGUGUUUAAAGAAAAGCAAAACUACUGAGCCUGGAAAGGAGUAAUAAGCAAUGAGGAUGAGAAUGGUAGCAAAGGUCAGAGAAGUUGUUAAGGGGUCAGAUCAUAUAGGACUUUAUAGACCAAAGUAAUUAGCAAAUUUUAUUCUAAGCUUGGCAAAGCCAUUGGAGAAUUUUGCACAGGAGAUUAAAGGGAUCUGAGUUAUUUUUUGUUUUGUGAAGGUUACUAGCUAAUGUUGAAAAUAAACUACAAGGUAAUAGGAGGCAGGAAGAACAGUUGGGAAGCUACUACAGGCAAGAGGUAGCUCAGAUUAGGGAAUUAGUUGAUGAAGUGGUCAGAUAUGGGAUAUACUUAGCAAAUACAGCUCACAAGACACUGAUAUAAUUGAAAGUGGGUUGGGAGAAGGGAACAAAAAUGACUCAUAGUUUUUGGCCUUAACACUUAGGUGAAGGGUUGACCAGUCAAUAUGGAAACUAUUCCCAAUUUCACAAAUUUGUACCGUUUAAUAUAAAAUAAAUAAAAACCUUUAAAAAAA